AUGGUGGCAUCCAUACUAAUUGUACUCACGGUACUAUGGACUCUGGCCAUCCAGGUUAUCGGUAGUGCAGUGAACAGAUCUGCGCUUUUACCAAUCUCGGAUAAGCCACGAGUGUUUAUUUUAUCAGAUAUCAACAAUGAGCCUGAUGAUCAGGAAUCCUUAACUCGAUAUCUGCUCUAUUCCAAUCAAUUCCAGACAGAAGGCAUUUGUGCUGUGACAUCUUUUUGGCUUCAAGACGAAGUCCACCCAGAAGCCAUGUUAUCUGUCAUCGAUGCCUAUGGAAAUGUGACAGAUAAUCUAAACCGCCAUGCUCCAUUCGGUGCAACCUAUCCAUCGGGUCAGCAUAUGAGCAGUCUUGUACGAAAAGGUCCCGCUAUAUACGGCAUGAAAGCAGUCGGCAAAGAUAUUCCUCUCAGUGACGGAGGCAAACUCCUCUUCAAGCGCCUACAAGACCAGACUGACCAACCACUCUGGGUCCUCAUCUGGGGCGGCUCAAAUGUCCUAGCUCAAGUCCUCUACAAAGUCCACAACGAAUUCUGCGCAACAGACGCAGCAUUCGUUAGAUCUAAGCUCCGCGUAUACGCCACAUCUGACCAGGAUGACACAGGUGCCUGGAUCCGCCAACAAUGGCCCGACAUCUUCUACAUCGCCUCCACGACGGGCUGGAGCCAGUACGGCCUAGUGGCGUGGAACGGUAUCUCCGGAGGCACGUACUAUGAUAUAGGCGGGCCCGAUCCCACCAAAGUAACGGCGAAAUGGCUGCGCGAUAAUAUACAGAUUGGCUCCUACGGGAAGACGGCAUACCCGGAUUUUGAAUAUAUCAUGGAGGGCGAUACGCCUACUUUCUUGUAUCUGAUCCAGAAUGGUCUUGGAGUUCGCGAGCACCCAGAUUACGGGUCGUGGGGUGGACGUUAUACGAAAGUCACGCCGUCAACGGUGCUGGAUUUCAAUCAUUAUGCUAAUGCGGCGGAUCAAGUUGUCGGUAUAAAUAAUGAGACUUUCAUGUCUAAUCAGGCGACUGUUUGGCGGUGGAGAGAUGCUUUUCAGAAUGAUUUUGCGGCCAGGAUGCAGUGGACUUUGCCGGCGAAUGUGAGCAGGGCCAAUCACCAGCCGGUCAUCUCGAUGAAUGGGAGUAUCGGUGUUCCGCCUCUGAAUAUCAGUGUAAAGGCCGGGUCGAUACUUCAUUUGGACGCAAGAGAGACGGGGGAUCUGGAUGGAGAUACACUUUCUUUUCGCUGGUUUCAGUACAAGGAACCUGGGUCUGAUGAGUGGAACGCUGCCAGUCAGGUUCCGGAGCUGAAUUUUACGGUUUCACAGGGGGGUCAGAUGGCGCAAGUUCAGAUUCCUGAUGAAAAGCAGAGUUGUGAUGGGGCGGGCUUCAACCCGUCCGGGUGUUGGUUACUUCAUUUGCUUCUUGAAGUGACGGACAAUGGAUAUCAUCCGUUGACGAGUUACAAGCGAGUGUUACUGCAGACGACUAAUGCUACUACUGUAACGUCAGUCUAA